AUGUCCGCCUCAGACAACGAGUUUACCCAAUUAUUAGAAGACUUAUCAACUGCUGCUACCAAUUACAAUCUGGAUACUUCCUCGAAUCAGGCUGCAGCUGCCAACAUUUCAGCAGCCCAACAAAGAAACAUAAACAAUCAUUCUUCCCUAAAUAUGUCCCCUCUCCUCGCACAGACACAGAAGGAGAGUGGAAAUACUAGAGAUUACGUUUCCGAUACUGUAACUUCUUCGGCGUAUCCGCCACCUGCACAAGACCCACAACGUGUACUACGCCAAAUGAUGAGUCUGUGCAAACAUAUAUAUUAUCGAGGUUUAAUUGAGGGUAGUGGGAGUGAUGUGACAAUAAGAGCAUUCGGUAAAGAUUAUCAUCUGCAUCGAAUUAUCCUUUUUCAAAAUACCUAUUUCUCGGUGUUGAUGGAAGGUCCAUGGAAAGAGAAUGGUGCGAAUGCAAUAGAAUUAAGAUUCGACGAUGAAAAUAUCACACGUGAUGCAUUUGAAAUUGCACUUGGACGUCUUUAUGGUCGUCUGGAUGAUGUCAUCCUACCCUCGCAAGUGCUUAAUUUACUCGCUACUGCAUCAUUUCUGGAUCUACAAGAUAUAUGUGAAACGUGCGUAGAGGUGAUCUUACGUGAUAUAAAGGAAGACACCGUGGUUCAUUAUCUUACCUUUGCUACUUCCCAUUUUUAUGGUACACAUUCAGAAAAAGUCACCGAAUCAUGCUUCACGUAUUUGUGUCGAGAAGGUUUUGAUAAUUUACGAUUAAGAUCGGCGUUUUUGACGUUACCAGCUGAAUGGCUAAAACGAGUUCUCGAGAGUGAUGCUUUUUGGGUGCCGAGUGAAUACGAGCGGUAUUUGUUUGCCAGAGAAGUGAUUAGCAAUCGAAGAAAAAUUGCAUCGGAUCAGAAACGAAGUAGUAUUGCGUCCGGACUGAUAGACCAUCAACAAACGAUGUAUUCAAUGGACAAUAAUAAUAGUAAUAGUAUACCAAAUUCACCUACAACUCCUACACCAACGUCAUCAAUAAUUAAACGAUUAUCUGAAUCUGCGUUCACGUAUCAUACACGAAGAUCCGUUUCAAUAAGCUCAACAUCAUCCACUUCAUCCUCUUAUAUUCCAGCAGAUAGUGAUGAGCAAUUAUACACCGCGAUCUUUUCCUAUGGCAUUUAUUAUGCUCACAUGAGAUUCGAAGAGUUGAGUUCUAUUCUAAAUGAUCGUGAUAUAAUUAACAAUGCACCGUUCGCACCAAAUCAUGUAUUAAAGGAAGCAUUAUGGCAGCAAAUUGAUCUAAGGAAUAAGAUUGAAAAUGCAUCAGAAACGGAUGUCACACUCGGUAUUUCGUCUUCGGAAAUACCGCCAGGAUUUCAUUUUGAAAUUCCUUCUGAUGAUACAACUCAUAUUGGGGAAGCAUUGACCGGUCUCGAUGAUAUGAUUGGUGGUGGGACAAAGGCAAUGAAAGAUGGUGAAGGAAUAGGAAGCGUAGAGUAUUCGCUGUUUGCCCCAUUUAGAUUCAGUGUUGAGUUUGCUGAUGUGGCAAAAUUAAAAGAAAAACAACGGGUCUAUUCUAAAACUAAAUUUUAUGCUGGAUCAAAUUGGAAUAUGUAUAUACAAAAGAUAAAAACGCCAAGAAAGGGAAUUCAGCUUGGAGUUUAUUUACAUCGUCAUUCAAUGCCCGACACAUCUAAUUCAAAUCUGAAUGGAUCAUCAAACAACAAACCUAACAGCUCCACAUCUUCAAACUCUCCUGGUGUCGAUUCCAAUGAUCAAUUUGCCACGCGUCAGUCGUUGUUAAUGCGUAACAUCAACAGCGAAAAGAGUUUUUCACGAUAUGCAGAUAGAAGGAAAACUGUCAGAACGUGGUUCAAGAUCUUUUGUCCGGCAAGAGGUCCAAGUCACGUAUUGACCCAGUUUCAAAGUAGCCCCGACAAUUUCGCAUUAAUGCAAAGUUGGGGCUGGCGAAGCUCAAGUUUGUGUUCCGACGAUUAUUUAUUAGAUGUUCGAGAUUUUGAUUCAACCAUGGCUUCGGCCAUGUCAACCUCCGCCUCAUCAACCCUAAAAUUCUCGGUGGUGAUGGGACAUGUUGAUGGUGACGAAAAUACUGAUAUUGAGGAAUCUUCGGAUGAAAGUGACGGAAAUAAGAUACUAAACGUCGACGCAGAAUUCUUUGACCCACAACCUUCAGAUUUCCUUGCAAUAAAAAAUCUUUUGAAUCAAUUGUUCUCGGCGGAUUCGGUUCUUUUUAACCUUUCCGAGAUUACAGAGUUGAUCAUCAAUCAACCGUUACUUGGCACAACAGUGAAAUUGGAAGGAUCAGAAUCCGAUCCGUUUGCUUUGUUGACUGUGUUGAAUAUUAAUGUGCAUCAAGGCAAACAAUGUAUGAAAACUUUAAUCACUUACAUCCUCGAAAAAACAGGUUCAAACAAACAACUAUACGAAAAAUUAUCAUCAUCAAUAUUAAAAUCCCACAACGACAGUGAUAAUUCUAACGAUCACGUUGGAUUGAUCUUAAGCGAACGUUUAUUAAAUAUGCCAGUACAAAUAAUGCCACAAAUGUACAAAAUGUUGGCGGAGGAAAUUCAAUGGGCUGUCGAUGAUAAUGAACCCUAUAAUUUUGAAUGGUACCUUAUCAUUACGAAAACUUAUUGUGAAGUUGCUUCAUCAUUAGACGAAGAAUUGAUAGCAAGUGAAGAUAUUUCCACCCUAAAUAAUAAUAAUAUUCAUCUUCAUAAUCAAAAUUCUUCUUCGUUAUCGAAUCGCGUACAAAAUCCCAAGAAAAAGAAAAAAACAAAACUGUCAGAGCCACAGAUAUUUUAUUUUCAUCCAGAAGAUGAAAUAAUCGAGCAGAAUGCCGAAUUCACGCACGAUUUUCAACUCUCGAAACAACUACCAACUUCUGAUUCUCGGCGUGCGUUUCAAGAUUUUGGUAUUGCACCCGCAAUGAAGGUUUUCCUGCUGCAUCGUGACAAAAUUCAAAAAUUGAUUACGGAUUUAGAGGUCGCAUGUCAAUAA